GGCUUGAGGGAGGUGGAGAGGCCUGGGAGGUCCCAUUGUUUUGUGGGGGGUGGAGCUGCUUGUGCUGUUUCUGCUGCGGAUGGAGGCGGAGGCGCUGGCCGUGGUGGAUGGCGGCGGGGCCGGGUCAGCUCCUGGCCCCGUGGGCGGCCCCCCAGUGCUCUCAGUGUCGCAGCGCCGGGCCGAGCUCCGGCGGAGGAAGCUGCUGAUGAACUCGGAGGAGAGGAUCAACCGCAUCAUGGGCUUCCACCGGCCGGGCGGGGUGAAGGAUGAUGAAAGUCACACAGAAUCAAAACUUCAACAUGAGCAAGAUAAAUCGAACUCCCUCCCUAUUCCUGCAGUUUCAAAGCGAAUUGUGCUUGGUGAUUCUGUCUGUAAUUUGGCAGGAACAUCUGACCACACAAGUGGCAUUAUAGAGCUCAAGGGAGAUAAAAAGGACUUGUUCAGUAAAACUCCCGAGCUCGGUAACAAUGGUACCAGUGAGCUCCGGCAUCGUAGCAGAGGGGAUCUGGCAUCAGAAGCUUCACAGAGAGCACCUCGGCAUGGAUUAGAUCAAUACUUAUCAAGAUUUGAUGAAGCUAUGAAGCUAAGAAACCAGCUGAUGAAUGAGAAGCCUAGUCAAGAGAAUGGGAAUGCAGUGGAGGAAUUUGAUUCUUUUCGCAUUUUUAGAUUGGUGGGGUGUGCGCUUCUUGCCAUAGGAGUUAGGGCUUUUGUGUGCAAGUAUUUGUCAAUAUUUGCACCAUUUCUUACACUACAACUUGCAUAUAUGGGACUGUCCAAAUAUUUUCCAAAGAGUGAAAAGAAGAUGAAAACUACGGUAUUAACUGCUGCUCUUUUACUGUCAGGAAUCCCUGCAGAAGUGAUUAGUCGCUCCAUGGAUACCUAUAGCAAAAUGGGAGACAUUUUCACAGAUCUCUGUGUUUAUUUCUUUACUUUUAUCUUCUAUCAUGAACUUCUUAGUUUUUUUGGUUCUGAAGUGCCAUGAUGGCUGUAGAACUCAAUACAGUAGUUACACAAAAGUUUUCCGUUCUGUAUUCCUAUAAUAUCGCUGGGUGUGCCACACAGAUUUAUACCUUACUUAAUUCUUACCUAUUCAAAUGCUUGAAAGCAGUUAAAUCCACUCAUAUGAAUGGAAGAACAGGGUCCCAAGUUUGGGGUUGUAUUAGUACAGUUUAUUCAAUUUCUAAUGUGGGAAUUAGAGUGCAAGUGUCAGUGAUUUGUAUCUUUUGCUUAUUCAGUUAGAGGUCCUUUUCACAGUACCCCAAGCAUCACUUACAUUGUGUCACUUUCUUGUUGACUUGGUAGUGUGAGAACAUAACAGAACUGGUGUGCUCUCAACAGAGCUAUAUAUAUAUUGUGACAGGACUUACCUAAAGACUGCUCCCUGUGUAUUACUUCUGUUUUUUAAAAUUUUAAUAAAAUGUACCCAUACAUUCUGUUGUUCAAACUCUGAAUGUUGAACAAAAAUAGCCUCAGCCCACACGCCUGCUGCUUCUGCAGCAGUUUGGUAAUGCACCACCUCAUUGUCUUGCUUUCAGUUGGAGUCCUCAUUCUCUCUGUGCAUACGUUAUUUGUUAUAGCCAUGACUGAUUUCAAGUGAGGAAACUGGGGCAAAACAACUAAGCAAAAAAAUCCUGUUAUCCUACAAAUGUCUUUCAUCGAGAAGUAAGAAGACAUAGUUAGAAAUGAUGCUAAUCUCAUAACGUUUCCCUGGGCAUUUGGCAGUUCUCUAAUCCUAGCAGUUAUCCUAACCCCAGUUUUACCCCUGGUUUCAUCUUGAUCUCGGUUUACUGCUCUCUCUAGAGGGUUCAGUUUCUACAGUGAAAGCAGCACUCAGGAAGCCCGAGUCUAAAGCAAUUGCUUCAUAUUUAUUAACAAUGUCUGGGUUGUUUUGCUCGCCCGCUAGUUAACUCGGGGACUACGUAUUUUGACUGUGUAUCUCUUUUCUGUAUUUCUCUCCCUGUGUUUAUUACUAAAGACAUUUGCAUGUAAACAGGAUCUUAAUUGCAUGGGAGUUCUGCUCCGCUGCUUAAUACUGCUGCUGCUCAACAGCAUAACUGGACCUUUGGCUGGCAUUCAGCAGAGCUAUUUAUAUAUUGACUGAUUUGCUUAUUCCUUUGUUCUACAUGUUGGUUUGAAGUCCCCCCAGAUAAAUCACAAUAACCGUGCUUAUUCAGAUCUGAACUACUGAAACAGGCAAUAGAAAAAACAUUUUCUUAUCGCCAUGUUGUUCUGAGUUUAUUUCCACAUGAAGAUCAAUGUGUUGAGGGGGAAAGUGGUACCUGUUACGGAGCACAUGUAAAACCAGACAGGAGGGAUUUAGGAGGCUACCAAGGCAAAUAAAUCGUAUUCUCUCUCUAGGGGGAAGUGAGCUAGCUGUAGUUCUAUUUUCAAUCCCACAGAAAUGUGACACGUUGAGAGGAAGGAAUGGGCUGUCUGAAGUGUUAUCCCAGCUAGCCAUCCCUUCACAUUGGCCAUCUUCAGUUAUUUUUGCUGUAUCUGAACUUGGUGUUACCUCCACCAUGUAGCUUGUCUAUUGAAACUACAAGGUGAAAUAGGCCAAUAUCAGUUUUUUUAAUUUGGAGAGGGUCAAUAAUUUUAUUGGUGUUUGUCUACAGUGAUUUUUUUGUUUUGUUAGAAAGCAAAACUAUCUAGCUACAUGUUGCUAAAGUAAACAAGACUGUGCUUUCUGCCUAAUCUUUCUCAACUAAAAUUUUCUGCAUUAUAAUUUUAAUUCUGCAUUUCUCAGCCAAUUGUUAGACCUGUGUCUGUGGCAUGAAAAAGAAUUGUGUGUUCUGAUUUUACACUACAUUCAGUUCUUUUGCACUACCAUUGUUUUUGUUGGCUAGCCAAUUGUAUUCAUUUAGGGCUAGACUGUAAACUAUUCUGAUUUAGGUCUGAUAGCACAAAUGCAUUUUGCAGUGCUAGUGUAGCAGUGUUGAUCCCAGGAUAUUAGAGAGAGACAAAGUGGGUGAGUAAUACCUUUUACUGGACCAACUUCUGUUGGGG